CAAGAAACAAAAUAAGCAUGGAAUUAAAGAACUCAGUUUUCAUCCCCAACAACUGAACUGAGCCGCAACCUUCAAGCUCUCGCAACUAUCCCCCACCAAACCACCACCAGCAUCUACGACCUCCAAUUCCAUCACCUUCCGCCCAUCCAAACAUCUCUCUAAUCAUCCACAAAGAUGUUUCGGAACAACUACGACAACGACUCGGUCACCUUCUCUCCCCAGGGCCGCAUCUUCCAGGUCGAAUAUGCCCUAGAAGCCAUCAAACAAGGUUCCGCCGCCGUUGGGCUGGUCAGCAAAACGCAUGCGGUGCUCGUGGCUCUCAAGAGGAACGCCGAAGAGCUCGGUUCCUACCAGAAGAAGAUCAUCGGAAUCGACGCCCAUCUCGGAGUAGCCCUCGCCGGUCUCGCGCCCGACGCCCGCGUCCUCUCCAACUUCAUGCGUCAGCAGUCCAUGUCAUCACGACUGCUCUACAACCGCCCGGUCCCCAUCGCCCGCGUCGUCAAUGCGAUCGCCGACAAGGCGCAGGUUAAUACACAGCACUACGGACGCAGGCCGUACGGUGUUGGACUACUGGUUGCCGGUGUCGAUGAGACGGGCCCCCACCUCUGGGAGUUUCAGCCUUCCGGAAUGGUGCUUGAGUACCGUGGCGCGGCGAUCGGUGCCAGGAGCCAGAGUGCCAGGACAUACCUGGAGAGGAAUUUUGAGGGAUUCGAGGAUGCCAGUAGGGAGGAGCUGGUGCUGCAUGGGUUGAGGGCGUUGAGGGAUAGCUUGGCGCAGGAUAAGGAGCUCACGACUGCCAACGUCUCAUUGGCGAUUGUGGGUAAGAAUGAGAAGUUCAAGCUCUACGACGGUGACGAGGUUGCGGACUGGCUGGAGAAGUUGGGAAGCACACAGAGUAGCCGUGGUUCUAGAGGAACUGCUCCGGCUGCCCCUGCGGCGCCACCGGCGGAGAGUAGCGGGGAUGCUGCUGGGGAUUCGAUGGAAGUUGAUGCAUAGAGGUCUGGGAGCUCGUUAGAUAUCAACUGGACAAAACAAAGGGAUGGCGUUCACGAUUCUUACGAGGUCACGGGGGCGGCAUUUGGCAAUCAUAAUGACUGAGGA